AUGCCUGCUCCUCCCGCGAGCAAUCCCUCGCAGCACCUGGCGCAUCUGAACGAGCAAACGUGGUUCCAGAUUGGGCGGCUGUCGGAGACUCUAAAUGACAUCGAUCGUGCCGUCGUUGCCUUUGAAAACGUCCUUCGAUACAACCCACAGAACUCAACCGCUCUCAUCCGCUGCGCAGUGGCCUGCAAAUCCAGGGAGCACUAUACCAAAGCCGUUGACUACUUUUCCAAGUAUCUCAAAGACUUUGACCAGCAGAACGGAGAACACUGGGGCUCGUUGGCCCACUGCCAUCUGAUGCUGGACGAGCUCCAGAAGGCCUACAACUCCUACCAGCGGGCCCUGUACUUCUUGCCGAACCCAAAGGACCCUCAGCUGUGGUACGGCAUCGGUAUUCUCUAUGAUCGAUAUGGAUCCUACGAAUAUGCCGAGGAAGCCUUCACGUCCGUCAUUUCGAUGGAUCCAAAAUUCGAAAAGGCGAGCGAGAUCUAUUUCCGACUCGGAAUCAUCUACAAGCAGCAGCAAAAAUACAGCCAGAGUCUGGAGUGCUUCCGCUAUGUGCUCUCGUCUCCCCCCAAGCCUCUCGUCGAAACGGAUAUUUGGUUUCAGAUCGGCCUUGUGUACGAACAGCAAAAAGAGUUCCUCCCGGCUCGCGAUGCGUACGAGCGAGUUUUGAAAGAGAACCCCAACCAUGCCAAAGUCCUACAGCAAAUGGGCUGGCUUUACCAUCAGCCUGGCACGUCGUUUUGCAACCAGGAUGCUGCCAUUCAGUUUAUCAAUCGAUCUCUCGAGUUCAGUGACAACCAAGAUGCGGCUCAGUCCCACUAUCUCCUUGGGCGCUGCUUCAUGGCGCAACAGAGAUACAGCAAUGCGUACCACGCUUUCCAGCAGGCCAUCAACUUGGACAACCAGAAUCCCGCCAUAUGGUGCUCGAUCGGCGCUCUCUACUAUCAGCGCAAUCAGUAUCGCGAUGCGCUGGAUGCCUACAGUCGAGCCAUUUGCCUGAACCCCUAUCUCAGCGAAGUCUGGUAUGACAUCGGAACCCUUUACGAGGCUUGCCACGAUCAAGUUAACGAUGCUAUCGAUGCAUACUCCCGAGCCCUCGAGCUGGAUCCGAACAAUCAAAACAUCAAGCAGCGCCUGCAAGCUCUCCGAAGUGGUGCAAGGUGGGAGUUGCUCUAG